AAGCGGGAGAUGGCGGCGUGGCUGCCGUUGGGGUAGGCGGCCGUGGCCCAGCUUCCAGUUCUGCUUGCUCCUUAAGAGAAAGAUGUUCCGGUGGUGUCCAGGCGCCGUGGGCGCGGAGUUGAAUUGGGAGAGGGAGCAUCUCUGGCUCUACCUUUUGGCUCUGGGCUUCGAUCCGAAGGCUGCCGAAGGGGCUUCGGGCACCAACCUGCUGCUGGGACCGUCUGCCUUUGACAUGCCGAGCUACAGCACUUUCCACGUUAUUGCCCUGUUUUUGUUCACUAAGCUGGACAAGCAGCGGGCAGUAAGCACUUUCAGAAACUGUAUGUUUCCAGAUGUAAAACCUUCAGAUCUUGAAUUCACGAAACUGUGCAGCUCAUGGCUGAAAGAAAUUUCAAAUGAAGAGGGAAGUGGUAUUCCUCAAGCUGCAGCUUCUUUUUUUCUUUAUUCUACUGGUCAUAAAUUUAUUCACUUAAUGUACCAGUUUGCAAGAUAUGUAGUAGUUAAAGAUCUGGAAAAGAGCUCUGCAGACAGCAAAAUACCUUUUGUUGAAGCUGCAUGCUUCAGUCCUGAGGAUUUGCAUAAGGCAGAUGAAAGAUGCAGAGUGGCACGUAACAAACUUCUGCAGAUUUUACUGAGGAAGGAUUAUAUCAUCCGAAAAUAUAAGAAAACAUCCCAGUGUUUAAUUAAAGAAAUAAAACAGAUGAAAUGUGAAUAUGCACACCUCCAGCAACAGUUGCAGAAGAUGGAAUCAAAGGAACAAAACAAAAAAGACAGAGCUGAGAGAAUUCAAAAGGUUCGUAGUAUGUGGACAUUGAUAACGGAAACCUUUUCAUCUCUGAAAAAGGAAAUGGAAAUUGUAGAGUCUGUAUGUGGAGGUCAUGUUGAUCAGAUCGUUUUCGAUGGAAGUAAUGUUGUUGUCAGUAUCCCACGUCUGUUGGUUGACAAAGUUGAAAACGGAACACAAGAAGUGUGUACGGGAAAUUUAUAUGAAGGUGAAAAGCUGAACUUUUUAACAGUCAUUCAACUAUUAAAUGAAGCCCUAAGAAUUUUAAGAGAUGAAUCAUAUCGGUAUGACUCAAAAAACCACUUACAGCCCAUUGUGAAUAUGGCUACGUUACAAAGUAAAAUGCUAUUGCGUCUGGAAGCAGUGAGACAAAGCAUAGAAAAUAAGUGCUUUAUUUUGGAUAAAUCAAAUUCUAGAAGACAGAAAGAGUGGAUAAUGAAGUGGGAAAGCUCUCCUGGCUGGUCUUCACUCUGCAAUCAGGAUUUAGAUCUGGGUGUGGUACAGGCUGUAUCAGAAGCAGAAAAAGAUUGUGAAGAUUAUAUCUUUUCUCAAAAUCCAGGAUCAGAUUCAGAUAUUCUAGACCUUUGGGAGAUAAGUUAUGAGAACAGUGAAUCAACCACCAGUGUCUCAUCAUCGUUAACACCAACUAGAUGGAUCUCUUCAAAAUCUUCAGAGUUGUCAGAAACAUCUGAAAACAAAGACCUCUUAACUGAAAAGGACUUGCAUAUUGAACCAGACAGUGGGAAAGAAAAGCCCAUGCCUCCAAGGAUCUCGGAGGAUGGAAAAGAUGAGCUCACCUUAUCAGAAUCACGGGAAAACUCAGAAGGUCAUGUUACUCAGGGAGAUGCUCCUCUUGAAAGGAAGGAUGUUCUUGAGAAAGCUAGAGAAGAAUUGGCAGAAGAGAAUUUGCUCUUCUGUAAUAUUCUACAGAUUGCAAAAAUAAUAACAUCAGAGUCACCUCAGAGUGAUGCAGGAAGAGGAACAGCAUCAGAUGAUCUCAUUGACUUUCUGGAUUUUAACCCGUUUUUGACAAGGAAACAAAUUCACCGAACUCCAGAAAAUCUGCUUUCUGAAAUUAGAAACUCAUGGAGAAAAGCUAUUCAGUCUGAAGACUUGUCAGAUGCAGAGCUGGUUUCAACCGAAGAAAUAAUAGAUGCUCCAGUGGAUGCUAGUCCUGCAAUCCAGGAUAAGGCAGCCGUUAGUUUAGAUGGGGGUUCCUCUUCAUCUGCUCUACCUAACGUUGAUUAUCCAUUGUCAGAACAAAAGUCCAAAAGUAGUUCUGCACAAUUUGCAGUUCUAAAGCAAAUGAUAAGUCAAAUCAAUGUACCUAUGAUUUGGGAAGAAACAUCUGAGAUACUAGAGGAUUUGGACAGUGAAGAAGAAUUAGAGGACGCUGUUUCUGGAGAAAGUUUUAUAGGAAAAACAAAACAAUCACCGUGCAUGUACGUAGAGAAGAGCUUGAAUACUCCAUGUAUUUCUUCAGAAGACAGUAGUAAAGUGAAUACUCUACCCUCAGAUCACCUUUUGGGUUUAAUGGAUAAAGAUCUGCUGUGGAAUGCGUCUCCAGUGUUAAGUUCUAAGAGCUGUGAAGUUGAUGAUUUUGGGAUGCUGCAUGAGACUACUCCAGAAGAGCUUAGUAGCAGAAGUUCUAAGAAAUUUGUGAUGUCUGAAUCUGGAUUAGGUUUUUUAGGCAGUGUAUUUAUACCACAUAGUAGAGUAGAUCAAGGGAAUAGUCUUAAUUUAAAGCCAAAUCUAGAUUCCCUGCUCAGCAGAUACAAAAUGCUGAAAAAAAGUGUAUCUGGAGAAGAACAGGAACUGCAUGAGGUGUUUAUUGGAGAUGAAUCUUUAAGUAAUUUCUCAGACAAAAGUCUUUCUCCAGAUGAAGGAGAAAGAGGUGAUUUGCAAAUGUCUGUAGAACGCUUCAGCUUGGAUGAAGAAUUUGCCAAGAUAAAAUCACCAGUUCCUGACAACAAUCCUUCCCUGCCAUCUUUGCUGGUCUUCUCUAAACACCUAGAAGAAAUGGCAUCAAAUAUUAAUUAAAUCCCAUUAGAGCUGAUAAAUAAAUUGAAGGAUAAAGAAAAGCUGAAUGAGAAGCUGAGCACAAAGGAACCACCAUCAUUAUUGAAAAACUUGUAAAACAUACGAACAAUGGUAGUAUUAAAAUUAUGGUGUACUUGAGUACUUCGUAAUUUCUCCAAGCACUGUCUAGAUGAUAAGUUGCACUCCUAUUUCUUGCCAGGCCUGUGUGCCAGACUUCUUGUCAGUGUCAGUUGCUUGCUUUGAUCCCUUGUGUCUCAAGUCAUCCAUACUAAUUUUCUGUGAACAACUCAAAACUUAUGUACAAAAUUAUAUAUUCCUUUGUAAACACAGCUUUGAAAAUAGAUGUUGAGCAUGUUGUUUUUCCAUUCUAAAAUUACGUAACGUCUCAAAGGAGAAAUCACAAAAUAUUUGGUGUCUCUAUCCUGCCCCUUUAAAAUGGAAAAUGUUUUGGUGCACUGCCUAUGCUGGAUUCUCUCCUCUUGAAACGUAUGGUCAAGCAUUACCAUCAGUUUUCAGUGUUGAUAAAGACCUUUUUCUUUAAUAAAUUUCUCCCAUUGAAGUGGAAUUUUUGGUACAAUUCCUUCAGGCUUUGUACUAAAAUUUCAAAUUGAAGUUUCAAACUAUGAUUUCUGGUAGAGUUAAUGCUAUUUUAUUUUCAGAUUGUAGAUAUUCCGUAGUAGACUUAUAUAAAUCUGUACACUGUGUGUAAUGUAUACAUUUAUGUUUAUGACACUGCAAUGUAAUUGACAAUAACAUUAUGACAGUGCAUUUCCAUGUUGAUCUAGUUGUUGAACAGCCCGAGACUACAGCUAUCAGCUGUCUGAAAUAGGCGCAGCUGUGUUGCUUGCAGACCUGAGUUCUAGAGCUUGGUGGUGGUGACUUUACAAAGGCUUCCUAGGAAACUGACUGAGUACUUGUGCCCUGGUCAGAAAAUGCUUGAAAGCAGGAACCACAGUGCACUGGUCAGGAUGCUAGCAAAGGAGCUUGGUCACGCAAGCCAGGGAAGGAGCUGAUCAGUUCAGAUGUGCUCUGACAGUAUGAUCUGCUUCUCGAAGUUCCCAGAUUUUUUUUGACAUAAUUGUUUCAAGAGAUUGCUGCUGAAGAGGUUUUCUGCUGUAGAGCAUCUGCUGGGAAAGACCUGAUCUGUAACUUUUUCUUACCAAACAUGCAUCCAGUGUCGCCUGUGCCUUUGCACUCGGUGCCAUCCUUGAAGACGUGCGUUUGUCAGCUGUGCUCCUGUGGGUAUGUAAGAAUAUGGGGAAAGGAACUUGGAACGGGAGUUCCCUGCUAGCAAGAUGCACUACUCAUCAGUGCUACAGAUGUUACUCGCUGCUCUUAAGUUACAAGUGGAAAAUUAUAAAUACUUUUUUCCAUAUGGGAUGUACUGAAUGAUGUAAUUCUUGGUUUUCUUUUUUGUUUUUCAUAGCAUAGAGGUAUACAAAUGGCAAGGAGACUUCCCAUUUUUCUUUUUACAUGGAUUGCCUCUCUAAGAGGAGAGCAUUUAACUUUUUGGCCACAAGUGUGGUUUCAAAUACAUACUACUAACUUUGAGUGCUUUAAAUUAGUGAAAGUUAUCCUUCCUCUGUAAAUGCGCAAAUUAUGAAAAAGAUGAGAACUCUGCAAAUAGAUGAGACUACUGAAAGCAGCAAGAUUUGUUAGUACUUGUGUCUUUUGAAUGCCUGCAAAUGCAGACAUUCAAUGCAAUAAUUAGUUUUAUGCCCUCUAACAUAAGACCCAUUUUCUCAUGUUUGCAAGUUAAAAAAAAAAAAAAAAAGAUGAAGUGGGGAAAAAUAUUGACUCAAAACUUGUUUUAAAGCUGUAAAAUUAUAAAGAGGGAAUGUAUAAGAUGCUGAUACAGAGUUCAUGUCAGAUUGGAAUGUAUUACACAUGAUG